CUCGCCGCCCGCAGCCUGAGCGGGGCCAGCGCAGGCAGGAGAAACCCGGGGCUCCGGAGCUUUCCCUUCCGCGGACCGACUCCGGGUGGCGCCGGGGCCGGCAACCUGUUGGUUUCUUUUCCUCUCCGAAGAAUCCCGUCCCGAGACGCACUGUUUCCAAAGCGGUUCCGGCAGCGCUCGGCUCCGGGCAGAGCAGGGCAGGGCAGGGGAGGGCCGGCCGGAGCUCGGAUUCCGGGGGAAGUACUCUAGACGAAGGUGGGAGAGAAGGGAACAUCGCAACCACUCCCACGGAGAGGGGCGUCAAUGGCUCGGUCCCCCCCGCCAGCGGUCCCCAAAUGUGCUGUGCACCCCGCGACCCGAGCGCCCAAUCCUCGGGGAAAAGGGGAAGCGAGCGACCCGGAGAAGACCCGGAAAACGCGCAGCCUCUCUCACCUCCCGCGGGUCCCGAGGGCGGCGGAGUCCGCGGUCAGCCCGAGAGUCCUUCCGUGCCUGGGACACCCCGUUCCGAAAUGCGACUCAGCAACGGGCUCGGCACCGGCAAAGUUUGGCGACAGGCUGAGAUCCGGAGAGGCGGCGGCACAUGGCAGCAGGAAGGGGGCAGCAACUCACACACGGGGUCACUCCCCCCGCCCCCACCACCCACCACCCCCUUAAACGCGGUGGCCGCAGGCCGGUCCUUCGCCCGCUCCACCUCCGGGCCCUCCCCGCAUGAUCCGGGCGCGGCAGGGCAAGGGCAAGGCGGUGCGUUCCAGCGGGGUCCGGGGAGCCGACGGCGGCGGGAGCGCUUCCGCGGGCAGCACCUGAGCGGGAGGAGGGUGUUGAGCGGCGGCCCGAGGACCCCCGACACCUCCCAGCUCGGGGAGCGGCCGGCGCGUGGUGCGCGGCGGUGGUGGCGGCGGCCGCGUCCUGCCCGCCGCUCGUCUCCUCCCCUGCAGGGGGCUCCGCGCUCCAGCCGACUCCUGGGGGCGGUGGCGGUGCUCUCCCCCAGACGCGCCCGGCUCGGCUCCUCCUCCCCGCCCUCCCCCUCCCGCGUGCACUCACACCCUUUCGCCCACCUCCGGCGGACACUGAACGGCGCGCGGCGGCGGCGGCGGCAGCAGCGGCAACAGAAGCAACAGCGGCAACAGAGGCAGCAGCGACAGAGUCACGGCCGCGGGCGGACUGGCCUCUCCCGCCCCGCCCGGGUCACCUGCCUCUAA